GGCUGGAGGCCGACCGCCCGACUCCAAGAUGGCGUCUGCAGAGGCCGCCAAAAGUCAAGAUGGCGACCCGCAGCCGCGCCUGCGCUCUCAGGUCUCUUCCCCCCCCCCCCAGCCCGGCUGGGGUUGGGGGCGUGCCUCCCGUUGCCGUGCGCCGGUUGUCUUCCACCGCGGUGGCUGUCGCCGCGGCUCCCUGUCGCGCGCCAUGCGUCUCCUCUGCUGGUGGCAAGUACUGCUGUGGGUGCUGGGCCUUCCGGCCCUGAGCCUGGAAGUUGCAGAGGAGAGUGGCCAUGCGUGGCGGGAAGAGGAGCCUGGCCCCGCUCUCCAGGUUGGGGCCCUCUAUCUGCAUGAAGAGGAGGCCACACAGGGCCAUCAGGGCCAGGGGAAGGUGGCAGAGCCUGCUGAUCCUCGUGGAGAUUCCGUGGUAGUGCUGUCGGUGAUUCCGGGUGCAGCCGAGGACCAACGGAGUGCGGAGGCCCCAGAUGGCACCUGCAGUGCGCUGGGUGAGGAUGACCCACGCUGCAGCCAAGAGAGCCUCUUCGCGCUGCACGGUGCGGGUGGCUUCCCGGAGCGAGAAGAGGAGUACUACCCGGAGCCUGGAGUGGCAGAGGCUGAGCCCAUAGCCACCGAGGAUGCCAACAGCACUGACAGCCUCAAGACUCCCAAGGUGAACUGCGAGGAGAGGAAUGUGACUGGGCUAGAAAAUUUCACCCUGAAGAUUUUAAAUAUGUCCCAGGACCUUAUGGAUUUUCUAAACCCAAAUGGUAGUGACUGUACGCUGGUCCUCUUUUAUACCCCGUGGUGCCGGUUUUCUGCUAGCCUGGCCCCUCAUUUUAACUCUCUGCCUCGGGCAUUUCCAACUCUUGCCUUUUUGGCAUUGGAUGCAUCUCAGCACAGCAGCCUUUCCACCAGAUUCGGCACCGUAGCUGUUCCUAACAUUUUGUUAUUUCAAGGAGCUAAACCCAUGGCAAGGUUUAAUCACACAGACCGAACUCUGGAAACGCUGAAAAUCUUCAUCUUCAAUCAGACAGGUAUAGAAGCCAAGAAAAAUGUGGUGGUAACCCAAGCCGACCGAAUGGGCCCUCUCCCCAGCACGCUGAUAAAGACCGUGGAUUGGCUGCUUGUGUUUUCCUUAUUCUUUUUAAUUAGUUUUAUUAUGUAUGCUACCAUCCGGACUGAGAGCAUUCGGUGGCUGAUUCCAGGACAAGAGCAGGAGCACGCAGAAUAGAGACACUAAAGGGAAGAGGAGGUGCCCGGCAGGGCUGAUGUUACAGUCGCGGGCAUUUUCUCUCCAAGCGCUGACUUGCAGCGGAAGUCGGAUUCAGGAAUCAGGUUCUUGUUGAACUACUGGAGGGCUGGAAGGAUUGCAUGUGGGCGUGCUCUUACUGUGAGAAUUCGCAGAUGCAGAAGCGCUCACUAGAAUCAACUGUUCUUGAUUUUAAUACUUGAACAUGACGAAUUCCUCUUCCAGUGUCGUUAAGCAGGAAAGUAUGAGAAAAGUACCAGGAGGGGUGUGGGCCUCUCAGUAGCACCUGUGAGAAGUAAAAGGUCAUGCGCCCAUUGUUCUGUGAUCUCUGCUUUCUCUGAAGGAAUUCCAAGUGAUUUCACUUGUUUCUAGGAAUGGCAGGUGUUGGGGGGAAAAAAAUAAACAUUCUAAUUAAAACCUGUUAA